AAAGACGGAAAUGAGAGGGGGGAGUCCGACCCGGGGAGAGAGAUCCCUUUAAGAACAACUGGGACAUAGCGGAUUACCUAGCUGACUAUCUUCCUCUUGACUUUCGGACAAAAUGGAUGCUGCGUGGAGCAAUUUUCUCUUUCAGACCACACCAACUCAAACUCAAGUGGAGGGCACCCUCCAAUCAGAUCUCCUGCCUGUUCACACGACCUCUCCUCAGACUCCACCCUCAGAGCACAUUGCUCCGCCCCCAUCCACAGUGGACACUGCUGCACUCAAUGAGGAACCUGUACCUGUGAAGCCAGUAUCUCGGCCAGCCCGCGUAGCUCAUAUAUGCGCCAUAUGUAGUAAGCAGUUCAAAAACAGCUACAACCUGAGACGACACCAGUCUGUCCAUACUGGGAUUCGCAUGAAGGACCGGGCAAGCCGUGACAGAGAGGCAGGAACAAAAGAGAGCAUAGAGAGACACACUGUACCUCUCUCCCUCCUCCAACUACCAGUGCUGCCCACUCUGCCUCCUCAAGCUGUCCUGGUACCUCCCCACACACAGGCCUUGGGUAUUCAGGAUGGUGAUGGAGUUGCUAUGGCAAGUGUGGCUACAUCUGUGAAUCCCCUCCCUCCUCCCACUGCUGUAGUCAUGGCAACAGAGACUGUACAGCAUCCCGUGAAUCCGAGCCCUAAUCCAGUGCGUAAAAACCAUGCUUGUGAGACGUGUGGGAAGGCAUUUCGGGAUGUGUACCACCUCAACCGACAUCGUCUGUCACAUUCAGAUGAGAAGCCCUUCUCCUGCCCUAUCUGCCAGCAGCGCUUUAAGAGGAAAGACAGGAUGAGCCACCAUGUGAAAUCUCACCAGGGCGGCGUGGAGAAACCCUACGUGUGCCAGCACUGCGCUAAAGCUUUCUCACGGCCUGAUCAUCUCAACAGUCAUGUCAGACAAGUCCAUUCUUCAGAAAGACCCUUCAAAUGUCCGACGUGUGAGUCAAGCUUUGCCACACGAGACCGUCUGCGUGCUCAUAUGAUCCGACAUGAGGACAAGGUUCCAUGUCACAUCUGUGGCAAACUACUGUCUGCUGCUUACAUCACUGAUCACAUGAGGGUGCAUAACCAAUCACAGCAUCACGCCUGCCACCUCUGCAACCGCAGCUUCACCACGCUGACAUACUUGAGGGUCCAUGCUCAGAAGCACCAUGGGCAGGAGUGGAAAGACAGCGCGGGAGGAUUUGGCACAACAGGGUCUGGCGGUGUCCUGGUUUGUCAGCUCUGCGGGGUGCACUGCAAGACACCCACCCAGCUCCAAGGCCACAUGGGUACCCAUAACCCUCCUCCGAGCGAACCCAAUCCAGUAACCACCAGUGACGCUGGGGUACCAGGAAACACGGUUACCCUUGGCAACAUGGUGACCGCCCCAGCUGUGUUUGUGAGCGGGAAUACUGUAGUGGAUCUGCUAGUGUCUGACUGCUCUAGCAUAGCCCAGCAGCCGCACAGCUAGCAGAGCAGUUUAUUAACGCAUAGACCCUCACGCAGGAAUCACAAAGCUAGCAGAGAAGAUACCUAACAAUCACGCACUCAAACACACAGAAACCACAAAGCUAGCCGAAUACACAUAGAACAUACAAAAACAAACAGCUGAUGCACAGCUAGCACAUAUAAUGUACAACGUAAACUCACACAGAUACACACAAAAGAACCACACAGCUAACAAAGUAAACUUAACAUACACUAAUAUAUACACUUAAAAAUAGGAACCCCUUUGCUAACCAACUUGUAGUGUGCUGCCUUUUACCAAACAAAUCAGCCACAUAGCAGAGCAGUUAUGACACAAAGGUUUGUUGUGCAUAUAGUCACCACAUAGGCAGAUGAGUGAUCAAACAAACGAUGUCACAAAAACAAAGUACACACACAGUGAUUUUGCAACUGCUCUAGGGAAGGAAAGAGCAGUUUCAACACGUAUACCUAAGGAAUAUAUCUGUCUCUUCACAGUCUUGGAGGUAACAGAACUAAAAUGCAGUUUUCUCCUGUCAUUCUAGGAUGACUAGAAGUAUUAGCAGAAUGAAUAAAGUUAGAGGGAGUGGGAGGGAAGGGUAGAGUAAAAGUGUGAAAGCGUCGUGAAUAUCUUGCUCUGAAACUGAUAAGGUUAACACCCACAUUUCACCAGCUUUUCUUUUCACUCCAUCCUUCCCACUUAAUCCCUCUUUUUCUCUGCCUGUAGAACUCAAAAUGAAACUGUGAUUGUGUAUUCCUACUGUAUUCCUACUGUUUUCUCUCCUUUUUGAAGCAAUUGCCUGUUUAUCAUAUACACCUACCUGACUCCUCAUAUACACACAUAUGUACCCCAUAAUACUUCUUCUUCAGUUCUUGUCUGUUAAGUGUAAAAUAGAAAUAUGGUCAGAGUUGUGGAGAACAGACAGAAUUAGAAAGAAGGAGAGAAGUGGUGAAAAGAUGGAAGAGAUGGAUAGAUUGCACAUGAUUUUUUUUUUAAUCUCCUGUAAUAGAUGCAUCUCAGCUGACACUAUAGCAUUUUUAUGAUAGAGUGAAUAGAAAAAUGCAUUGACUGUAUACACUGUUUGAAGGACAGGGAGUGUCUGGGAAUGUCUGUGUACUGUGGUGUGUGUUAUGUGCUGUUUAAGAUAGGUGUGUUUAGAACAUUAGAGAGAUAGAGGUACAGUAAAAAAAAAAUAAUGUGAAAGAAACAAGAAUUGCAUUCAGGAUCAUCGUGCACCUUAAAACGUUUAAUGCUGAGUAUAUCUGUAUUAUUAUUUUUUCUUUUUCAUCAGCUGAGAAUUGUCCAUCAGGAACCCACUGACCUAGUAGUUCAAUGUCCACUAAAAUGCUGACCUUGAAACCAGUUAACUAACAAAUAAUUAAUUAUCAUAUUCUCUUAGCAAAUAAAACUAUACAGAGAGGGACUUGUUUUAUGAAUUUAUGAGACUGUUUGAGAGCUAUGAUGUUUACCUUUUUUGUUUUAUAUCAAUAUAGUUUUGUGGUCUUCUAAAAGUUACAAGUCCUCAUGUGAAAUGAAUGCAAGUUGUGUUACUGUUUCCAGUAGGACUGUGAGGAAAAAAAAGGUUUUACCCAUGAUUGCUUUUUUUUUGUCUAUUUUUGUUGUAAUUGUGUGACACAGAUGUUUUGAAGGGCUCAAAAGUGAGUGGUAAAGUGAUAGCAAAGUACUUAGAAGAUACUGUACUCAGUUGACCAGGUAUUUAGAUUAAAAAUGGAAGCUAGUGGAAGGAAAAAGGUGAUCCUGGUUUUCUACUGGAGUGUUUUCUUUUAUGAGUUUAGUGUUGGUACUGUAUAUUAUCUAAAUAUUCAUUAAUCUAAUUUGAAUUGGAGAUUUGUUCCUCCUUUUGGAAAAUGUAGUUGUUUAAUAGGAUUCAGACUUUUUUUUUGUUUCAUUAAGCUAAAAUAAUACAUCUUCAAUAGGAAUCUGUGCAGCUCUGGCAAUGCAUCUCAAUGCCUUAUUGUAUCCUACCACCUCUUAAUUUGUCAAAUUCUAAAACUAUUUUAAAUCUUAG